ACUGGGGAUAAUUCGUUCCUAAAGGCUACACUUGGUUGUUCUUAGUUGGCAUGUGUAAACGAUUACCGCAUUGAGCUGAAAUCUGGCUAAAUGGGACUACGUAAAUUAAGAGCAAAGAUUAAAAGGAGCCAUCUUUACACAUUUGCUUGUCUAAGACGAACUCACACUGCACAUGAGAAUGCUCAAAACCUUCAAGGUCCUGGUUUUUCAAGAGUUGUACAUUGCAACCACCCUCAUCUCUCUGAGAAGAAGCCUCAGAUUUACUGCCGGAAUGAUAUAUCAACUACAAAAUACAAUGUUGUAACAUUUUUACCUAAAGCACUCUAUGAGCAAUUUCGACGGGUUGCUAAUAUAUACUUCCUUGUGGCCGCAUGCCUCUCAGCCUCUCCAAUCUCACCAUUUUCUCCAGUCAGCAUGAUUGCUCCUCUAGCAUUUGUUGUUGGCCUUAGCAUGGCAAAAGAAGCAUUGGAAGAUUGGCGCAGGUUUCGUCAGGAUGUUAAAGUUAAUCACCGGAAUGCUAGUGUCCACAAGGGCAAUGGUGUUUUCACUCUCAAACAAUGGCAGGACAUUGUGGUUGGGGAUGUAGUAAAAGUAGACAAGGACCAAUUUUUUCCUGCUGAUUUGCUUUUCUUGUCAUCCAGUUAUGAGGAUGGGAUAUGCUAUGUGGAAACUAUGAAUUUGGAUGGUGAGACAAACCUAAAGGUGAAAAGAUCUUUGGAGGUUACCAUGCUUCUAUAUAAUGAUGAAUCUUUUAAAGAUUUCACGGGAAUAAUUCGUUGUGAAGACCCAAAUCCUAGUCUCUACACAUUUGUAGGAAAUUUUGAGUAUGAACGUGAGGUUCAUCCGAUUGAGCCCAGUCAAAUUCUCCUCCGAGAUUCAAAGCUCAGGAACACUGAUUUUAUAUAUGGCGUGGUCAUUUUCACUGGUCAUGAAAGCAAAGUGAUGCAGAAUUCUACAAAAUCUCCUUCAAAAAGGAGUAGAAUAGAGAGAAAGAUGGAUUACAUCAUAUACCUCCUAUUCACUGUUCUUAUUUUGAUAUCCUUGGUUAGUUCAGUAAUAUUCGCUGUAAUCACUAGAUUCCAAACAAUAAAUUGGUGGUAUUUAAUGCCCAUGCAGUCAGAAGUCCUGUAUGAUCCCAAUAAUGCUCUAUUGGCUGGGUUGAGUCAUCUGGUUACUGCACUCAUUCUUUAUGGAUAUUUGAUACCCAUAUCACUUUAUGUUUCAAUUGAGGUUGUGAAAGUUUUACAAGCAAACUUGGUUGAACAAGACUUGCAUAUGUAUCACGAAGAAACUGGGACUCCUGCUUGUGCCCGAACAUCAAAUUUGAAUGAAGAAUUGGGUCAAGUGGACACUAUUCUUUCUGAUAAGACUGGAACUUUAACUUGCAAUCAGAUGGAUUUUUUAAAGUGCUCCAUUGCUGGUGCUGCAUAUGGUGUGAGUUCUAGUGAAGUUGAACUUGCUACAGCACAGCAGAUGGCUCUUGAACUUGAGGAGGACCAGCAGGAGGAAAGUCUAUCCAAUACACCCACACAUGAGGGUAAAGCAUCUGUUUCGUGGGAAAAUGUUGACCUGGAGACUGUUGUUACAUCCAAGGGCGAUGAGGCUCAGAAGGCUACUAUAAAGGGUUUCAGAUUUGAGGACGGUCGCCUCAUGAACUGCAGCUGGUUGAAAGAGCCCAAUCCUGAUGUCCUUUUAUUGUUUUUUCGGAUAUUAGCUGUGUGCCAUACUGCCAUUCCUGAGCUGAAUGAGGAAACAGGAGCUUUAACUUACGAGGCUGAAUCCCCUGAUGAAGGGGCUUUCUUAGCAGCCGCAAGAGAAUUUGGUUUUGAUUUUUGUAAAAGAACUCAAGCAAGUGUUUUCAUCCAUGAAAAGCUUUCACCUUCAGAACAAGCUGUUGAAAGGGAGUACAAAAUCCUGAAUCUAUUGGACUUUACUAGCAAAAGAAAGCGAAUGACAGUGAUUGUGCGUGAUGAGGAAGGAAGUUUACUUCUUAUGUGCAAAGGGGCUGACAGUAUCAUAUUUGAUCGACUGGCGAAGAAUGGAAAGACGUAUUUAGAGGCCACAACCAAACAUUUGAACGAAUAUGGAGAAAAUGGUUUGAGAACAUUGGCUCUAGCUUACAGAAAGCUUGAUGAGGAAGAGUACAAUGCUUGGAACUAUGAGUUUCAAAAAGCCAAAACGACUGUUGGGCCUGACAGAGAGGCAGUGCUUGAGGAAUUAGCUGAAAGAAUGGAAAAAGAGCUCAUUCUUGUUGGGGCUACUGCUGUGGAAGACAAACUGCAAAAUGGGGUCCCCCAAUGUAUUGAUAAACUUGCACAAGCGGGUCUCAAGAUCUGGGUUUUGACAGGGGAUAAGAUGGAAACUGCAAUCAACAUCGGUUUUUCUUGUAGUUUGCUUCGACAGGGCAUGAAGCAGAUCUGCAUAUCUAUUCAAGAGGCAGACUCAAAUUUUGACAAAGAGGCCAUAAAGGAGAGCAUUUUGAAUCAAAUCAUCAAUGCCUCACAAAUGAUAAAGCUGGAGAAAGAUCCACAUGCUGCAUUUGCAUUAAUUAUUGAUGGGAAGGCUCUUGCAUAUACUUUAGAAGAUGACAUGAAGCAUCAAUUUUUGGGAUUGGCUGUUGAUUGUGCCUCUGUCAUCUGCUGUCGUGUGUCUCCCAAGCAAAAGGCACUGGUAACAAGGUUAGUUAAAGAAGGCACUGGGAAGACCACUUUAGGAAUAGGUGAUGGUGCAAAUGACGUUGGCAUGAUUCAAGAAGCAGAUAUUGGUGUUGGUAUUAGUGGGGUUGAAGGUAUGCAGGCAGUGAUGGCUAGUGACUUCGCUAUUGCCCAAUUUAGAUUUUUGGAACGACUUUUGGUGAUCCAUGGACACUGGUGCUACAAGAGAAUAGCUCAAAUGAUAUGCUAUUUCUUCUACAAAAACAUAGCUUUUGGGCUCACCAUCUUUUAUUUUGAGGCCAUGACGAGCUUCUCCGGGCAAUCAGUUUAUGAUGACUGGUACAUGAUAUUGUUCAAUGUUGUUCUUACAUCAUUACCUGUCAUUUCACUUGGAGUUUUUGAACAAGAUGUUCCAUCAGAAGUUUGCUUACAGUUUCCUGCACUAUAUCAGCAGGGCCCGAGAAAUUUGUUCUUUGACUGGUAUAGAAUAUCGGGAUGGAUGCUCAAUGGUCUUUUUUGCUCCCUCGUUGUCUUUUUAUUCAACAUCUGUAUUUUUUAUGACCAAGCCUUCCGAGGUGAUGGCCGGACCUCUGACAUGGCCGUUGUCGGUACCACGAUGUUCACUUGCGUCAUUUGGGCUGUCAACUGCCAGAUUGCUUUCAUCAUUUGCCAUGUAACAUGGAUGCAAUACAUAUUUAUCAUAGGUAGUAUAGCCUUUUGGUACAUAUUCCUGGUGCUAUAUGGCAUGCUUUCGCCAACUUACUCAAAAACCGCCUACCAAAUCCUGCUUGAAGUUCUCUCUCCUGCACCAGUGUAUUGGUUGGUGACUUGUCUAGUAACAGUUACUUGUAAUUUCCCUUAUUACGCCCACAUAUGCUUCCAAAGAUGGAAAAAUCCCCUGGAUCAUCAUAUCAUCAGAGAGAUCAAGCACUACAAGAAGGACGUAGAGGACCAACGCAUGUGGAAGAGGGAAAGGUCUAAAGCAAGACAGAAAACCAAUAUCGGAUUCAGUGCAAGAGUUGAAGCUAAGAUGAGAAACUUGAAGCAGAAGUUGCAGAAGAAGCAAUCAACCUUGCCUUUCAUGUCUUCUCCUUCUCCAGAAAGAAAAUACAGAUAAUUUAACAAUUUUGGUUUGAUUUCUUUUUCUUCUUUCUUUUUGAGUACAGAUGCAUAUGAUUCUUUGAUCAAAUGGUGGGUUAUGAUGCUAGGGAUUUGACUUAGAAAAGCGUUCUGUUAUGCGUCAUACAGAUAAAGGAACAAGUGUGAUUAUUUUGUUUAGGAUUAUAGACGUGAGAAAUUACA